AUGGAGCACUCCCCACGGGACACGCAAUAUGUGCGGGUGCGGGUAGCGAACGCCUGCGACUCCUGCAAAGUCCGAAAAGUGAAAUGUGACGGCAAACUGCCCUGUAGCUACUGUAGCCGACACAAGAAGGCUCACCUGUGCCACUUCACGCCUCAGCGGCGGCGCCGUACCACCGCCCCGGCGUCUCCGUCAUCCGUGCAGAACCCCUCCCCAGGUUCCGUGCGGCCAUCCGCUCGGCCCGAGACGCCAACGGACCAACAACAUUCGUCGUCGACGUCAGCUCCGACGCCCACCGUUGCAACGGCCCCAACGGCGCGCGUUGCAGGGCCUCUGCACAGCGAUGCUUCUGCAGAGGAAGAAGCCGAAGUCCCUAGGGAUGCGAGGCUAUUGUACGAUGCGCAAGGAAAGCUGAUCUUCAUUGGCGAUUGCGCGCCCCUGUCGUUCUUCCAAACAGUGAGACAGCUUGUCCUCUCGCGGAUUGACCCGCAUGCAUUCGCCUCACAAACCGGUCGCAUGCCUGUGCUUCAGAACGCACAUCCAAGCCAUGCUGUCCACCCUGGUGGCCAGGAACCUUUUGUCGAUGCUAGUAACAUCCAGUCCAUCGUUGACAAGUAUCUUGCGGUGACCUCUGGGUUGGUGGACCUAUUCAGCACAGUUCGACUUGCCGAUGACAUAUCCGCUUGGGCACCCAACAGGGGCAACGAUCUCAACGCCGCCGUCCACUACCUCGUAUUGGCCAUUGGACUUCAGAGCGUUGACGAUUCUCUAGCCUCCGCCUACUUCGAGCAUGCUAAGGUGCUUGCUCUAGCAACACUGGGGAGUGAAUUGAGUGUCGGUACAGUCCAAGCCUUCACACUUAUUACCAUAUAUAUGCUCCGGGCUUGUCAAAUCACCGGGGCAUUCCUGUUCUUCGGGAUUGCGGUACGAGCCGUAUAUUCCAUUGGUGCACACAGGACGGAGGUGAACUCGAGAUUUGGCCCAGAGAUUCAGAAGCAUAGGGACCGAUUAUGGAAGAGCGUAAGAAUCAUCGACCUCUUCCUCAGCAUUUCCAUGGGACGACCGCCAGCCACCUCUGAUGUUGAUUGCACAGUACCUUAUCGCGUCACAGAUGAGGCGGGCCGGGAGCCCUCCGAUAUACUCAACGCAUCAGUCCAGGUGCUUUUGAUCAUUGAGAGGAUUGUUCUCGAGGUGUACUCGCGGAAGAAGAUUUCAAUGCAGCUCACCGAAGGGAUCUCCCGUCAGCUGCGGGGCUGGUCCACGCGCUGGUUGGCCGAGCUGAAGAGCAUCAUCGCCAAUCCCCAUGAGCACGGAGAUGAAAGAAAGAUCAUCGGGGCUUGCCAUGUGCUCUGUUCGUACUACUAUGCAGUCAUGCUGGUAUCUCGACCGUUUCUUAUGUAUGAGAUGGUCAAGAGGCUUCCGGAAAGCCCUUCCAGGGUCGAAGCGAGUCGUGACAAUGGUAGCUCCAGCCGCUCAAAACUGGCCAAUGCAUGCAUAGACGCGGGCAGUCUCAUGAUCGAGUCUGUCUCAGAUCUAGUUCAACUCGGUCUUGUGGAUGGAUGCAUGCCCCUGAUUGUGUCGUGGAUGUUUACGGCAUCCCUUGUUGUGGGCGUCGGACUGCUGGGCGACUUCGGUCGUAUCUUGGAGAAGGAUAUUCGCAUGUCGAUUUAUGCACUCGAAUACUUUGCCCGACACGAUGCUCAUGCCAUGCAGUACUCGCUCAUCAUCAACUCGCUGUACUCGAGCGCGACUGACUAUCUCGAACGAAAAGAGAGAUAUGAGAGACUGCAGAUUUCUGAGAGUUCUUCACAACUUUUCGGCUUGACCCCCAGGCAACCGCGCGAGGCGUCAAACAUCGCGUCAAGACAAAGCCAGGGCAACUUUCAGGCACCCAGCACCAGCCAGACGCCUGCAGCGCCUACUGAGGCAGCUGAUGGUAACCGCGAGCUCGGGAGUUCCUUUUUUGACGACCUUGACCCUUCCAUCUUUUCCUUCACCCAUUCUUCAUCCCACACACCCGAGCUGCCGGUAGUCAACGGCACAUCGCAGAACUCCGACCAGGUCUUUGGUGCACUCAACCUUUUCCCACUGUUGGACGAGGGCGGGCAUAUCGACCUAGCUCAUUAUUUAUAA